CUCACAGGGUCGUAGCCUAAGCUGUCGGGGAGUUAAAUCCCUGCAUCUCUGGCAUUUUACAGCCUGGUCAGGCAGCAGGCCCGCAUCUCCCUCCUAAGCCAGUAGUGAAGCAAAGACAAAUCUCCCUCACCAGAGCAGCAAACCCGCUGUGGGAUAAUGGGGCGAUAUUUGGAACUUGUGAACUUGGAAAGGCAGAGAAGUUCGGUUAAUAAAUAGUUGUUGACAGACUUUCUCACAAACCCCUACUAUAGGGGAGGCAGAAGCAAUAGACCUGGGUUUGAAUUCUGUCUCAGAGGUUGAUUCAUUCACUUUGUUUUGGGGCAUCAAUCACAGUUUUCGGUGUAGAGGAUAUAAAAUAAUAAAGGUUCCUGGCUCUUUGCCAGCCUAGACUCUGGCGCUGGAGACAGAAAAUUAACAAUCAAGCUAUAAAAUGUGUAUAAGUGCUACCAAACCAACAAUCAGGACAGAGAGCAGAAAUUUGGGAGGCCGACCACCGGCUUUGAAUACUGGCUGUGACCAUGACCAGUUAUUUCAUUUCUGUGUGUCUCGUUUUCUUUGUAAAAUGGGGGAAGUAAUACUGUUUAACUUACUGUGUUCAGGCUAACCAUGACCAAAAAAACCCCCACAAGACUGAAGGACUUAGCAACAGAAAUUUAUUUCUCACAGUUCUGGAGGCUGGGAAGUCCAAGAUCAAGAUGGUGGCCAGUUCAGUUCCUGAGAAGCUAGCUGCGCCCUUUGUGGCCAUGGAGGUGGAGUCUACGGAGGCCCGGUCCUCCUCCGCCCCUGGCUAUAAGCGCUCCGGCCGCCGCUACAAGUGCCUGUCCUGUACCAAGACAUUUCCAAAUGCGCCCAGGGCUGCGCGUCACGCCGCCACACAUGGUCCUGUAGACUGCGCCGAGGAGGUGGCGGAAACGAAGCUAAAGCCGGAGACAGAGGCCAAAGCAGAGGAUGCCAGCGGAGACAAGGUGUCAGGUGCAUCAGCAAAGCCUCGGCCUUACGCAUGCCCGCUCUGCCCCAAGGCCUACAAAACAGCACCUGAGCUGCGCAGUCACGGGCGCAGCCACACUGGUGAAAAGCCUUUCCCUUGCCCCGAGUGUGGCCGCCGCUUCAUGCAGCCAGUGUGCCUGCGUGUGCACUUGGCCUCACACGCUGGUGAGUUGCCGUUCCGCUGUGCUCACUGCCCCAAGGCCUAUGGCGCGCUCUCCAAGCUCAAGAUUCACCAGCGAGGUCACACGGGCGAGCGGCCCUACGCUUGCUCUGACUGUGGCAAGAGCUUCGCCGACCCCUCGGUGUUCCGCAAGCAUCGGCGCACCCACGCGGGCCUGCGGCCCUAUGGCUGCGAGCGCUGCGGCAAGGCCUACGCCGAACUCAAGGACCUCCGCAACCAUGAGCGGUCCCACACCGGUGAGCGCCCCUUCCUCUGCUCAGAGUGUGGGAAGAGCUUCUCGCGCUCCUCGUCGCUCACGUGCCACCAGCGGAUCCACGCGGCCCAGAAGCCCUAUCGCUGCCCAGCCUGUGGCAAGGGCUUCACGCAGCUCAGCUCCUACCAGAGCCACGAGCGCACCCACUCCGGUGAGAAGCCCUUUCUGUGCCCGCGCUGCGGCCGCAUGUUCUCUGACCCGUCGAGCUUCCGGCGCCACCAGCGGGCGCACGAGGGGGUAAAGCCUUAUCGCUGCGAGAAGUGCGGCAAAGACUUCCGGCAGCCCGCGGACCUGGCCAUGCACAGGCGGGUGCACACGGGCGACCGGCCGUUCAAGUGCCUGCAGUGUGACAAGACGUUCGUGGCAUCUUGGGACCUCAAGCGCCACGCGUUGGUGCACUCAGGCCAGCGGCCCUUUCGCUGUGAGGAGUGUGGACGAGCCUUCGCCGAGCGAGCCAGCCUUACUAAGCACAGCCGGGUACACUCAGGUGAGCGCCCCUUCCACUGUAACGCCUGUGGGAAGUCCUUCGUGGUGUCGUCAAGCCUGAGGAAGCAUGAGCGGACCCAUCGGAGCAGCGAGGCUGCUGGGGCUCCCCCACAGCAGGAGCUGGUGGUGGGGCUGGCACUGCCUGUCAGUGUGGCAGGCGAGGGCUCAGCGGCCCCCACAGCAGGUGCAGGGCUAGGGGAGCCUCCGACAGGGCUGCUAGGGCUGCCCCCCGAAUCAGGUGGUGUGAUGGCCACCCAGUGGCAAGUGGUGGGCAUGACGGUGGAACACGUGGAGUGCCAAGACGGGGUUGGGGAGGUUCCCGGUCCCUUGGCAGGGGAAGGCGGCGUGGGAGGCGAGGAGGUUGAUGAGAAGCCUCCGCAGUUUGUGUGCCGGGAGUGCAAGGAGACGUUCUCCACGCUGACGUUGCUACGACGGCAUGAGCGCUCACACCCAGAGCUCCGGCCCUUUCCCUGCACCCAGUGUGGCAAGAGCUUCUCUGACCGGGCUGGGCUGCGCAAGCACAGCCGCACCCACAGCUCUGUGCGCCCCUACACCUGCCCUCACUGCCCCAAGGCCUUCUUGAGUGCCAGCGACCUGCGCAAGCAUGAGCGUACCCACCCUGUGCCAGUCGGGACCCCCACGCCCCUUGAGCCCCUGGUAGCUUUGCUAGGAAUGCCUGAAGAGGGACCAGCUUGAAGCCCAUGCUCCCUUCACCUCACUCCCAGGAGCCCAGGCCUCACAGCGAGCCUCCUGAACCUCUCUGCCCCGGCUCACUCUUUUAGACUCCAGAUCCCUGCCCCCCAGGCAGAUCUCUCUCCUUGCCAACAAAGAGAGCUGGGGACAGUGGAGGUGGGCAGCAGCGUGUCUCUCUCUAAGGAACACUCAUUCAAGCAUUCACCUUGACACUGGGUUGUCUUCUGUGUUUUGGUUGGGGGAGAGGGGGUGGGAGUUUGGACAUUAGAUAAGAUUCAGUGGAGACCCCUGGAUUGGCAGAUCAGAGACUAGAAGGGUCUUUGGAUGCAUUGUUUCCCAACAUAUGUUUUCAGAAUGUCUUUUGACAAAGGGUUCCCUGGUCAAGGCAGUCCAGGGAAUUCCCUGUGCCUCCUUAGGGAUUGUGAUCAAGAGUGUGUUAAAGUCAUGGAUAAAUCCUCCAAUGAACAUCUGUUUAGCUUUGUUUAGCCCAUAGUUAUUUCAUCAUGGAAGCCUCUUACUGACUAGCUCUGUCCUUUUACAGAUAAUACACUGAGAUCCUAAAUUAGUAUAUUUCCUGUGUACCACAGUAACAAAUUAGAAAAACGACUUGGGGAACAAAGAGGGACAAACAGAACCCUAAAACUACAAAAGAAUAAACCUCUCAAGAAAUAUGCAAAACCUACGUGAAGAAAAUGGUAUUCCUGAAGGUCCUGAAGGUUUUGAGACCUAACUAAAUGGAGACAUACCAUGUACUUGCAUGGAAAGACAUUCUCCGUAGUCGAAUCCUCAGAUUCAUUGUCAUCCCAAAAGAUUUAUUAACACAACUCUAAAACCCAAAACUGCUGUAAUACAUUUGUAAGAACCAACGGAGAUGACGUAUUUGACAUACUAGAUAAACACCAAAGCACUGAAGUUAAAACAGAUUAUUAUUGGCACAAGAAAAAUAUCAGCCAAUGAGGUUGGAAUGCUUUAGAAACAGCCCUAUUUUUGAGACUUUAGUUUAUGAUAAACAUGAAUAUUCAGAGCAGUGGGGAAACGAUAGGCUGUUAAAUUACAGUUCUACCCAUAUUCUGGAAGACUAUAAAAUUUUUUAAAGUAGUUUUUUAAAGACAAAAAAUGAAACCCACAUUUAGUGUAAAUUGGUAUAAUUUUCUGGGAAGAUGAUUUGGUCAUGUUUAUUAAAAAGUUAAAAUGCGUAUACCCUUGACUUGGCAAGCACAUGUCAAAGAAUUUACAACACCGAGUUCUUUUUCCACUUCUGUGACAAAGGUAAAGACAAGAAUGUUUGGUGCAGCAAAAUUUGUGAUAACUGGGAAUACCCUAAAUGUCCAUUAGCAAAGGAUUAAUUAAAUACAGCUAGCCACUCUAAAAUAUAUUAUGCAGCUGUUUUUUAAAAAAGUGAGGCUUAUUAAUGUAGAUUGUUGAAAGAUAUCUUGACAGUGUGUCAAGUGAAAAAAACGAAGGUACAAAGCAGUGUGGUUAGCAUACUCCCAUUAAGUUUGUUUAUUUUUGAGACAGGGAGAACACAAACAGGGGAGGGGCAGAGAGAGAGGGAGACACAGAAUCCA